AUGGGCAUGCACGGACGCCUCACCUUCCUCUUCCUCCUCCUCAGCCUCCGUGCCCCAGGGACUUUCAUCAGAGCGGCUGCCCUGCCUGAUCUGCCACGCGUGGUGGCCCUGAGCGAGGAUGCGGCGCCAGGCACCCGCGUGGCUGAGGUGACCGUGUCCUGCAGCAAUGCGAGCGGCAGCCCCAAUGUCACCCUGCACAGCAUCCAGACCGGCCACCCCUUCAACCCCAUCGCCAUCAGUGCCAACCCCAUGGCCGCCACCACAUUUCAGGCAGAGGUGACGCUGCGUGCCAAUGCGGAGCUGGAUGCCCACCGGGUGAACCAGUACACCCUGACCCUGCGGGCUGCUUGUCCCGGCGAGGACGAGGUGGAAGAGCGGCUCUUUGUCCGGGUGACGGCAGGGCAGGCGCUGCGCUGUGACGCCCCCUUCGCCAGCGCGGGGGGAGACGUGGUGCAGGUGCUGGCGGACGUGGCACCCCGGACACCCCUGUAUGCAGUGCUGCCGCAGCCGCUUGGUGGGCUGACAUUCAGGCUCCGAAACCAUGACACGCCACUCACGCUCACCCGCCGGGGCCUGGUGCUGGCGCCUGCCGGCGGCUUCGACCCCAGCAAGGAGACCCAGACUUUCAGGCUGGAGGUCGAGGUGAUGGACCGCCACGGGCACAACUGCAGCGGGGCUGUGAGGGUGGAGGUGCUGCCAUCGCGCCGUCCCCGUGUCACCUUCCUCGAGCCGCAGCAGGUUGUGACAGUGCCAGAGGGCAUUGGCCCCUUGGAGGUGGUCACACAGGUCCGCGCCAGUGGUGACAACGUCCGCUACACCAUCCUGGCUCCCACGGCGCCUGCACUCUUCACCAUUGACGAGGUGACAGGCGAGAUCCGCAGCACCUGCCAGCUGGAGGUGGCCCAUGCACGCCUCCUCAUCCGGGCUUACAACAUGCUGCACCCCGCCGACCAUGCCACCACCAUGCUCAACGUCACUGUUCAGGGGACAGACCGGCGGGCGCCAAGCUGCGUCCCAGCCCUUUAUGUGUCCCAGGUGCCCGAGACAGUGUCCCCUGGCAGCACCCUGGUGACACUGAUGUGUACCGACCCUGCCGGCGCUGAAGGGUGCCUGCGCUAUGCCCUCGAGGGGCCUCCUGCUUUCCGCUCACGCUUCUGCAUGGAGGGGCCGCAGCUGCAGGUCAACACCACCCUGGACUACGACUCAGAGGCAGUGGCUGCUGUGGGCUUCCAGUUCACGGCCACCAUUGUAGUGACAGCAGGAGGGCAGCCCCCGCGGAGCACCCGUGUGCCCGUGCUCGUGACGGUGACGCCUGUCAACGAAUUCACACCGAUGUGCCCCAAUGGUGCCACCUUCACCGUGCCAGAGACAGCAGCUUUCGGCAGCGCUGUGGGGCGCGUGGCCGGCACUGACCGUGACUACCCACUGGACAGCCUCGAGUACAGCCUGGAGGGGGGCCCCAGCCCCGUGCAGCCCUUCUCCAUCGACACGCGCACCGGCGAGAUCCGCGUGGUGGGACCACUCGACUCCCAGCGGCACAAGAGCUACAGGCUGACGGUGCGGCUGACGGACACCCGCAAUGACCUGGACCUGGCAAAGCGGCGCAGCCGCCUUUGCGACGUGGCUGUGCGCCUGCAGGCUGUGCCGGACCAGGCACCGGUGUGCACCCCCGAGGUGCAGGAGCUGCGGAUCACAGCCAGGUCGGGCAGCCGCCAGCCUGUCACCCGCCUGGUGUGCCAGGGAAGCCCUGACGGCGCCGCGCUGGCAUACACCAUUGCUGGAGGUAAUGAGGAUGGGCGCUUUCAGCUGGAGGGGAACACCCUCUUCUACCUCCCGGAUGACCUGGCCGAGCCCCGCACCUUUGUGCUACUGGUGGAGGUGUGGGGCAGCCCCAGUGUCCCCCGCCGCAGCACCUUGGUGGCACUGGUGGUGCAUGUCACCCCCCGGAGCACCCCAGUGCCACCCAGCACCACCACCCGGCGCACGACGCUGCAGAAGGAGCCGCUGGUCGUCACGUGGACGGACGCAGCAUGGCACCCGCCGGCCUGGUUUGUGGCCGUGCUAACUGUCUCUGGCGCCCUGCUGCUGGCUGUCCUGGGCUGCAUGGCCCGGAGCCUGCUGUGCAGCAACCGAGAUCCUGGCAAGCUGCUCCUGGGCAAGAGCUCCGUGGUGGAGCAGAGGGGCGGCGAGGAAGAGUGGGGCCGACCCCACGCUGGCAGCCUGGGGCAGUUUGACGGCCGUGCCCAGGACCCAUGCACCGGCAGGGACUAUCUCUUCAGCAGCAUGACUGGGACACGGCGCUGGAUCUGA